UGCAGCGCGACCGUGACGCUGCAGAAAGUUAAUUUGUCGCAGCAACUGAGUCCACGCUCCCGUACGCGAUCUCGAGCGCGACCAGCCAGUUGCACAUCUUGCGUUGACUGUACAGUUGCGCCUGGUCUCAAGCAUCGCUGCCUAUACAAAGCGCAUUCUGGCACAAUACAAGAAGCUGAAAGCUCGCGCACCAUGGCGUUCAACUUCGGAACCAACAGCAGCAGCACGCCGAACAAGCCUCUGUUCGGCGGCGGUGCAGCGACUCCCGGCCCAUCGAGCCUCUUCGGCGGCGCGAAUAACACCAAUUCGGGCACCAGCACACCAGGUGGAGCCCCGCCUCUCUUCGGCAGCGGCGCUGCGAGCUCGGGAGGCAAUCUGUUCGGAGGCGCGUCCAGCACGCCCGCUGCCAACAAGCCCAGCCUCUUCGGAAACGCGCAGGCUACGCCCGGCGCAUCGCAGCCGGCUUCGGGAGGCUUCUCGUUCGGAAAGACAGGUGGCGAUGCUGGGGCAGCAGGGAAGCCAUCGCUCUUUGGCGGGGCUGCUACAGGAAGUUCUGGCGCAUCAACGGGAGGAACCACGGCAACGGCACCGUCGUUCGCGUUUGGCAAGCCCGCAGAAUCGUCCACGCCCGCUGCAACGCCCGCCCCGAACAAGACCUUCUCUCUCCCCUCGACAACACCCGCAGGACCCCCGCCAGGCAGUAGCUUGUUUGGCCAAGCGGGCUCGGGCGCAGGCAAUGCUUCGUCUCUCUUCGGCGGCGGCGCUGCGAAGCCCGCAACCACGUCUUCCGCACCGAGCCUCUUUGGCAGCGCGGCCCCUAGCUCGACUCCCGCGCAACCAGCAGGCAACCUUUUCGGUGGGUUUGGCAACAAAGAUGCAUCCAAGGAUGCGAACAAGAGCAUGCCUGCGCAGCCGGCCGGUGGUGCAGCGCCGCAAGCGACAGCCCAAGGUUCUUUGUUCAGUCUUGGUAGCACAACACCUGCAGCUACCCCGGCCAGCAAACCAACCUUCGGAUUCGGGCAGCCUGCUUCCUCUCAGCCAGCCGCGAGUGCUACGCCCGCGCUUAGCUUAGGAGGAACCAAGACACCAUCUUUCAGCCUUGGGGGAGACAAAUCCGCACCAGCGUCCACCGGUAAUACGCCUUCCACCACGUCGAACAUGUUUGGCACCGCCGCCCCGGCGGCAACCUCGAGCUCUAGCAAUUCCUUGUUCAGUCGAAUGACGCCUGCGACGCCCGCAGCGACCUCGGUAGGCUCGUCGCCUGCAACACCGGCAGUGACAAGCGGAUCAUCCCUGUUCUCCGGGCUUGGAGGGCAGAAACCAGCGUCACAAGCUGCGACCGGAACAUCAGCACCCUCGUCUGGAGCUGCACCGAGUGCAACUUCGGCCACGUCUAACUUCUCUCUGUUCAACAAAGGCAGCGCAGCACCCGCUCCUAGUGCCACAUCAACUGGAGCACCGAGUGGCACAACGACAAGCACAGCAGCCCCUUCACUUUUCAACAAGCCGGCAGCCUCUACCGCAGCUUCAUCUGCACCAGGCGCCACAUCAACCGCUGCCCCAACCGCGAGCGCCCCUGGUGCUGCAUCAGGGGCUUCUGGAGACGCAUCCAAGACCGGCUUCGCAACCUCAACUGCAGGGCCGGCACCUUCUGCACAGUCGCGUCUCAAGAACAAGUCAAUGGACGAAAUCAUCACCCGCUGGGCUUCCGAUCUGUCCAAGUACCAAAAAGAGUUCCAGGCUCAGGCCAACACAGUGGCGAAAUGGGACCGCGCCUUGGUGGAGAACUCGGACAAGGUCAAGUCACUCUACUCAAAGACCUUUCAGGCAGAGCGUGAUGCGCAGGAAGUUGAGAAGCAUCUGACCCACAUUGAGGACAAUCAGGCCGAGCUGGAUCACUUCUUGGACAAGUACGAGAAGGAGAUCGACCAGAUGAUGCAGAUCCACGGCGUCGGCGGCCGAGCAGAGAGUUUGCGCGGACCUGACCAAGAGCGCGAGCGAACCUACAAGCUCGCCGAGAAACUGCAAGACCGCCUCAACGAGCUCAACAAGGACCUCACCGAGAUGAUCGAGGAGAUCAACACCACAUCCCAGACGCUCAGCAAGUCUGGCAAGCCCGACGACCCGCUCACCAAGGUCGUCCGCGUGCUCAACAGCCAGCUUGCGCAGCUCCAGCUCAUCGAUUCGGGCGCUGUGCAGCUGCAGCAGAAAAUUGAGCAGGCGCAGAGGGAGGGCCAGCGCGCCGGGGCGAAUGGGUGGAGCGGGCUUGGCAGCGAUCCUACUGAGGAUUUUUAUCGGAGCUUUAGGGGGGGACGGACAGAGAGGUUUGGUGGUGUGUCGUAGGGAGCUGAAGGGUAUUGGGCGUGUGAACGAAUGGCAAAGGUGUCUUUCUCGGAUUGAUUUUGGGGGUUGGGAUGGAAUAGGCUGGCUGGAUAAGGUCCUGCGUUGCGCUAGGGACUUCACUUGGCCGAACGGAUUGGUUGCAUGUAGGAUGUACAACAGAACGGCUGCGGCUUUGGAGAUGGAUUUUUAAAUUGUUGUGAGAAACGUGUCUUGUCAAUCAUGUGUUCCUCUUCUCGCCGUACCAUAGCAC